GAUGAGAGCAGAAAAGGACCGAAGCGGAUGGAACAGCUCCAAUGCAAGCGACAAACUGUUUGUUGGAGGUCUUAGCUGGGAAACCACACAAGAAGCGUUGCAAAGAUAUUUUGCCCGCUAUGGGGAGGUCAUUGACUGUGUGGUUAUGAAAAAUAGUGAAUCAGGCCGAUCCCGAGGAUUUGGAUUUGUAACUUUCUCUGACCCAGCCAAUGUAACAAUAGUGUUGCAGAGUGGACCUCAUCAACUAGAUGGUAGAACGAUUGACCCUAAGCCAUGCAAUCCCAGGACACUUCAGAAACCAAAACGAGCCAGCAGUUACCCCAAGGUGUUUUUGGGAGGCUUGCCUUCAAAUGUGACAGAAACAGAUUUAAGAUCCUUCUUUACGCGAUUUGGCAAGGUUCAGGAGGUUGUGAUUAUGUAUGAUCAAGAAAAGAAAAAGUCUAGGGGAUUUGGUUUCCUCUCCUUUGAGGAUGAUGAUGCUGUUGACCGUUGUGUAUCAGAGCACUUUGUUAACUUGAAUGGAAAACAGGUUGAGAUUAAAAAGGCAGAACCCAGAGAUUCAUCAAAUAAAAUGGGCGGUGACAACUCCUGGGGUCCUCCUCAAGGAGGUCCUCAGAUGGGCAUGGGCGGCGGUGGCAUGGGAAUGGGAGGACCUAAUGGACAAAUGGGAGGCCCCAUGAGUGGCCCUAUGGGACCCAUGGGUGGCCCCAACAUGAUGCAAGGAUACCAAGGCUGGGGCAACACACAGGCUCAGGGCUAUCCUGGCCAAUGGGGCCCAACCUCCAACCAGCCCCCUGUGAAUGCAGGCUAUGGUACUCCAUCAGGCCCAGCUGGAUAUCAGGGAUGGGGCGCUCCUGCCGGACCUCAAGGACAAGGGAUGGCUCCGCAGUGGGGUUCCAAUUACGGCGGUCCACCGCAGCAACAGGGAUACAGCUCCUAUGGACCUCAAGGCGCACCUCAGUCGGGCUACGGACAGAACUGGAACUGGAACAUGGCACAGAAUGGCCCUCCGGCUGGCGGUGCUCCUCAGGGUCCUUCCGGAGCAGGUCCCCAAGCUGACAUGUACUCCAGAGGCACUGGUGCUGGGGCCGCAACACCCUCUGGCCCUGGACCUGCGGCUCCUGGUGCUGGUGGUGCACAGAAGGCUGGUGCAGACUAUGCUGCUAGCUAUGGUUAUGGAAGUGGUGGAUACGGAGCGGACUCAACCAGUUACGGCGCCAACAGGGGCUAUGGUGCUGAUGCGGGAUCCAACUCUAGUGGGGGCGGCUAUGGUUCGAGCCACCCACCCGUCCCAGCAUUCCAAUGGAAAGGCAGUUUUUCAAGUACUGCAGGCACCAAAAUUCUUUGAAGGCGUAAGUAAGGCUGCUCAUAACAUAAAAUUGUCCCAGAACUAAUUAAUUGUUUGGUUUUUCGUAAACCCUGCUCGUUAAUUUGAAUUAGUGCAACACCAGUAGCAAUUGCGUGUUAGUAGUUGAUUGAGGAGGUUAAACGUUGUUUUUCUCUAACCUCAGCGAUAAACUGAUUACCUGCCUAACAAACCAGUCUUUAUCUGCACAUGAUUGAACAAAAUUUACUGAGAGCAAGUAGGAUAGGUCAUCAAGGCUAGGAUACACUGAAGUUAGCUGGAGGCGAACUUUGACUUAAUCAAAACCACCUGGCUUUCACUCCCUUUACCAUGGCCACACAUAACAGCAUGUGGAAAAAAAAGUCACCUACCAUUUAAAUACAAGCUAAAAGACUACUAUCUCUCUUUCUCUGCCUCUUCCUUCUGCUUCAUGCGGGUGAAUUCUUAUAUUUUUGUCUGGAGACGUGCUCACAUACAUGAUAGGAUGAGCUUCUCCAUCCAUCAAGUGUGGACAUUGCAUGGUCAGAAUUCAGAGAUAGGAUCAGAACCAAAUGUUUGGGAGAGAGCCUUUUGUGUCGUGACACAGUGCUGCAUUUACAAGCCAUUCCUGCUAACCUUUGUUCCUGCUUCUUUUGUCCUCAAGCUAACUCACGGAAAUGCUCUCCAAACAUCAGAGUUCUUGUCAGCAGUAAGUUCUCAUAAAUGUUUAAUUUUAAUGGACUAUUAGAAUGGAAUUACUAAAUUCUGUGCCUUUUUCCUCUUGCGCUGCAUGAAUGAACUUGAAAAUUGUAUCUUUCUUUGUCAACUUGGCUGAAAGUGGGAAAAAGUGCAUGCUUAUCUCUUCUUGCUCUCCCCCUCAAUUAAUAUAUCAUGAGUAGUACUGGUGAAAGUGUCUUGAAUGUAAUGCAUGCUGGUGUUGCUAUAACAGACAUUUGUAUUUUUUUGGAAAACAGGAAUAAAAAGACAAAAAUAGCAAAAACAAACAAACAAUUCUUAUACCUAUAUUUGGCUUUGGUUAAACUGUUGCUUACACAAUUUGAUUUCCUUCAAAUAAUGCAUCGAAUCUUAUCUAGAUUCCAGCUGUCAGUGGGUUGGCCUGGUUUCUCUUCUUUUUACAAUAUUUAACUUUUAGCAUUAAUGGCACUUCUGUAAAAUUUCUUAAUAGCAUUCUUAAUGCAUUGAUGUGGACAUCUGCUCAAGUUCAUUCAUGUCAACUUGCUAUAUUUGUUUUACAUUUUACAACCAGGCCAAACGGCUGCUACAAAUUUUGUGUGUGAUGCGUGUGCAACAGGUCAGGGUGACGGGCAGGGAGCAUCAGGAGGCUACACGGCUGGGCCUGGCCCUCAACGAGGAGGCAACUACAAUGCCCCUACUCAAACCCAGAGUUUCCACCCCUAUAGACGGAUGUAAGCCUUACAUGUCAAGUGUUCUCAU